AUGGCGUGUUCGCGGUUAGCGGUAGCGGUCGACCGGCUCGACCAUGUCCGGUUCGAGCGAAGACAUGGAAGGGAGGCGAUGAAGGUUCUGCGCAUGAACGAAGAGGACGUCUCCCGAGACCUCGCAGUUGCAGAAAGUGCCUUGCAGAAGGACGGGAGUCGAUUCAAGGAUAUCAUACAGAGCCUGAGAAAAUUUAGCACGAAUAACCAGGUGCUUUCACUACUCUGUCUUCCCAAGACCUUGUUAAUUGAAAACCUUACCAAGAAGGUCGAUGCCCUGGAAACUGACCUAGAACAAAUGUUUGGAGAAAUAGCAGAAUUGAGAGCUCAGAUCAGAGAGGUCGAGAAGGACUCUUUCAUCAAGACGAGAGUUGAUGAGAAUGUGUUCACAUACAAAGAAGAAGUCGCCAAGAGCGAGGACACUUUGAAGGACUUGAAACGAAAGCUCGAAGUGAUGAACAGCGAGCACGAUCUUCUUCAGGAAGAAUUCAACAACAGCAGUUUGAACGCUAGGUUGCGAGCCAUAGAAGGGAAGCUUGUAGAUUGCCAGCUUCAGGAGGCUGAUGUAGAACAGAAGCAUGAGCUUGCAAAGAAGCAGCUUCAGAUGGACAAGAUCGCUCUGCAGUCAGACCCCAAGUGCAGGGAACUUGUCAACGAGAUGUCCAAGCUCGAGAAGGAUCUCUCAGACUCGAAGCAACGGCUUGAGAAGCAUCAGGAGGACGUGCAGCUUCUUGCCCAAGGCCUUCUCCACAUAUCUGCAGUCAUGGCGCGAGAGGGUCAUCCUCAGGCUAUCACCCUCGAUAUGUUGCGAGAAGCUGGCAAGUGUCUUCCCCUCCAGCAGCUCAAGGACUUGGUCUCUGCCAAAUUGACUUCCUCCAACAAACUCAAGGCUUCCGACUCCGUCCAUCAGAAGGUCUUAGAGGCUGUAUACUCCCUCGUAUCCGCCUCGCUCAUCAGCAUCAAUCGCACGUGCCCGCUCCAGAACGUCACCCUCAUGAUAUAG